UUUUUUUCCCUGAGAUUUAAUGGUUCAUAUUUCUUAGUACUGUCACAGACACGUCAAAUUCAAUAUCACACACUUGCAUGGGUAUAGGAAUCUUCAAACCACAACAAUAGGAACGCCUUACCCGGUGACAUCUGCUACGUAGAUGACAAUCUGAAUUUUGCAUGAAAUCAUCAUCAUCCAAUAAAUCUAGUGAUGUCGGACAUUGCAGAAAAAGAAGAAUCCGACAUUAAAGAGAACAGUGAUAAAGAUGACAACAAUGAGGGAAAUCUUGAGGAUAAUGUCACAGAAUCCAAGCCUGCUGAGAAAGGAGUAGAUGGAAAUCCCACAGUAGAUCCAGAUCUUGGUGGAAAUUCCGCAGCAGAUCCAAAUCUAAAUGGAAAUUCCACAACAGAUCCAGAUGUUGAUGUACAUUCUACAGCAGAUCCAGAUGUUGAUGAACAUUCUACAGCAGAUCGAGAGGAGGAGGAAAAAUCCAGCAUUGAUCCAGCAGUAGUGGAAAAGUUGUCGUUAGGAUUACUAGAAAUUUGUCUUCCAUCCUUACAGAAAUCUAAGAGUUCGCUGGAUGAUCUUUUACAGAACCAGCAGUUCCUUAUUGAGACUGUCCAGCAGGAGAACGCCAAGUUUACUGACUGUAAAGACAUGGAGGAAAUUAGACAAAUAAUGUCCCAGGCAAGGAGAUAUCAAAUGAAGUUGUUAAACCUCAAGAAGGAGAUGAAUGCUUUGUCAGACAAAUCUGGCAAGUUGAAGAAGCGAGCAGUGAAAUUACAGCAACAAAAACAGAAAGAGGAUCUUCAGAGAGUUCACCAACGGGAACGAGAGCAGGAGAGGGAGAAAAUGUUAGAGGCCAAGGUCGUCAAAAAGUCAUCAUAGGGUCCACACAAUGAUAUACUCAUUCACAUUCACCAUUAAUUACAUGCUUCACCAGUAGGGAACAAGAGACAGGAGAGGGAGAAAAUGUUAGAGGCCAAGGUCGUCAGAAAGUCAUCAUAGGGUUGACACAACGGAAACGAGAGCAGGAGUGGGAGAAAAUGUUAGAGACCAAAGUCGUCAAAAAGUCACCAUCAUAAUAUACUCAUUCACAUUCGCCAUUAGUUACAUGCCUUACCAGUAGGGAACAAGAGACAGGAGAGGGAAAACAUGUUAGAGGUCGUCAAAAAAUCAUCAUAGGGUCCACACAAAGGAUGCAAGGGUCCAUGCAAUACUCAUUCCUGUUCACCAUUAUGAUAGAGUGACAUAUCUUGAUUAUCUAAGGGAGAAAUUUCCACUCUAUUGUGUAUAACAAACUGACUAGGGACAGCUUUUGCUUUAUAUGAAUUAAUCUUUGUAAUUUGACUUUUAUUUGUCAUGAAUAUAGGACUGGUUGAAAGGUCAUUUACAUGAUAAAGAUGGUAGUGCUGUCUAAAGCUUACAUCUUAUGUUUAUUGAAAAAAUUGUAAGGAGAUAUAAUGUACAAUGAAAGAGAAUAGGUUUGUAGUAGAUGUACAUGUAGUUUUAUCAUUUCCUUGUCAUUGCAUUGGAUAUAAAUGUGAAUGAUAUGUGAUAUUUUGUAUAGAUACUGUAAUUUAAGAAAUCCCAUUACGUUGCACAAGGAAAUACACAAGACUUCAAGUGAUCUCUCCCGGAUUCACUUAUUGUAGUUUUUUUCUUUAGUGCCAAGUGAGUAUAUAUAGGAUAUUCAAUGUUUUCAUGUUGGAUAUAAAAUUUAUUUCAUGAGUGAAACCAAGAUUUUUUUUUUAAUAUUUUCACGAGUGUGAAGCAGGAGUGAACAAAAAAAUCCUGUCUCACGAGUGAAAUAAAUUCUAUAUCCAGCAACAAAAACUUUAAAUUUUAUGUUUAUCACAUUUUCUUCAGUUUUUUCUUAAGCACUUUUAGCUGUGCCUGUGCUGACGUUCAAAACAAUAUUGUGCAGAGAAUAUAUCUUAAGAAAUAUGCAAAAUAUUUUUUUUAAAAAUCAAUACAUUUGAAUAAAAAGACAACGAUGAUUCAGUAUUAUUUUUGGUAUUCAAAUAAAAACAAAAAACAUGAAAAAUUUAUUAUAUUUAAUGUAAAGUGAAAGUGAUCUUGCAUAUCGCUGAUGAAUACUGUGUCAAGUACAUUUAGUUCUGGUUGUUAUUUUCAGUGUGAAAAUAACUACUAUGAAAAUAUCAAUUUUUUAUUCAAUAUAUCAAUUUCAGAACGUUGUUUGUCUCAAGACUGACAAAAAUAAUUAUGAACUUUAUCAGUUUAAACUACAGAGCCAACAGACAUCUUGCCGUUUGACAGCUUGGAAACAUUUUUUAGAAUUAUGAUUUUGAAUCUUGGUAUUUAAAUUUUUCUUCAAUGUUAUUAUUGGUUUCUUGUGUAAAUUUUGUAUUGUAUUGAAAUCGUGGCAUAAGUAUUGCAACAUUUAUGGUAUCGUGAAGAGGGAGUUUCGUUUCAGCUCUAGUAUUUGAGUUUAUACAUAUGGCACAAUUUUGUAAAGUUCUUGCUUAUUUCAUAUGUUCAAUGAAUAAAAGUUUCAUGGAAAAAUAUGCACAUAUUUGCCAAAUUGUGCAAAAAAGUCA